AAACCUAAACGCCUCUUCUUCCCAUCUUCGACUUCCAGUCUUACCCCAUAGCUGAUGCCCGAGAGGAGUUUUGUGCAAGAAGAUCUGCCGAUUUUAGGAGGCGCUAUGCAAGAAGCAUGGAUUGCUGGCAAAUUCCACCAAUUUGAAGAUGCCUGAGAGCCUCGCUUCUCUUCUCCAUAAGAAGGAACAUAAAAGUGAGGAGAUAAAGCCUAAGGGCUGCUUCAAGGGCUCAGGCAGAAGCAGCGGGGAGGAUGUUGGAAGAGCACAAGGGGUUUUAAAGAAAGUCAGCUUCUCUUUAGAGGAAGAUAAGCCGGAACUCGAUGAGGUACAGAGGAAAAUAGAUGGCAAAUACUUUCCAAAGAAGAGGAGGUUUAGUCCUCGGAGGUCUACUAUUGCUUUCAGGCUAGCAAAGGCCAUUGAGGAAGAUGGAGUAGUUGAAGUUCCAGCAAGAAAUACAGUCUCGAUCGCCUGCAGUUACAAUAAUGUGGUCCCUUGGUGUGGAAAAGAAGAAAGGGAGAAAGCGUAUGGAAGCUGUUUACCAGAAUACUGAGCCACCUCAGUCUCAACGAAGGGAAAGCAAAGCACCGGGUUGGCCCAAUUGGACUCGGGCUAGUAUUUUCUCAAAACAAUCGGGUCUAAGCCCAAUCCAAAGUCUGAAAAAUUAUUUUAAAAUUUUUCGAGCUUCGGAUAGGGAUAUGGCCCGACCCAGUUCCAUCCCUAGAUACAGACUACUAUUGAGAAAUGUAAGGCAUAUUUCUAAUAUCCAAUUGCACUUGAUUUCUAUCUGUAUCCUAGACAAUGAAGGCUACUCUAUUUAUUCUGAUAAAGAAAAAUGGAAGCUCAUCAAAGAUUCUUUGGUUGUAGCAAAAUGCAAGAGUGCUAGCUUUUUCAUAUUACAAGCUAAGGUGUGCAAUGGAAAGAUAAAUGUAGUUGAGGAGACAUCCACAGACUUGUGGCAUCGAUGACUUGACCAUCUAAGUAAGAAGAGACUUGAUGCUCUAUCCAGACAUAAUCUGCUUCCUGUAAAAGAUAUAUACUUGAGACUUUGCACUCACUAUUU